GUUUUCACUCAUUCCAACUGGAAUACUUGGUAGAUAAACGUGGACGUGUACAAAAGGUAUGUCCAGUACACAAGUUCGUCAUUUUGACUUCAGAGUUGCCAAGGUGAUUGUCUAGUCACGUGCCAUCCCAUUUUGCAUUAGGGAAAAUGGCUCGAGUUUAUGUAUAUGAACGCCCAGUUGAUUCCGUCUACACAGAUGUAUCAUUCUAUAAGAAGUUGAACGAUCAUAUUGCAGCUGGAAAGACGAUAAAACAAGAACCAUGUGAUACGGAUGACAAUUAUCAAGACAGUACAUUUUCACCGACAGGUACAAAUGACACAAAGACUGCUGCAACGGUUGAAACAAUUGUUCCGGGGAUGCAAUCAUUGGAUGAAGUAAAUAAUAAAGAGAAUGAACUUGCAUUAUUCAAAGACUGUGCUGAUACAUAUACAUCAAACACGCGCGUUAUUAAUACGCGGAAGCGUAAACUUUUAACAUUUGAUAAUUUGAAAGUGUCUGAGGAAAAAGCGUGCGUUAGACCUAAGUCUCCGGAACCAAUCGAAACAGCAAUAGAAUGUGGCAUAUGCUUCUUAAACUUUAAAUCGUUGAAAACAUUAAGGAUUCAUACAGACAAUCAGACUGAGGUGGCCAACCUUUCUUGUAAUAAAUGUCAUACAAUUUGUAAAUCCCCUCAUCUUUUACAUGAUCGUAUAUGGAUGCGUAGAUGCAAAAUCAAUACAUUGCGCUCCUCAAAGGUAUCAUUUUGCUGUCGUUUCUGUAAGGCUGAAUACACAACGAAAUCAAAUUUACAAUGUCACGUGUUCCAUAACCAUGGUAAAUUGUUACCUUGCUCUGCAAAGAAAUCUAAUAAACGUAGUGAAACUGAUAAACUUAGCAAAAUUAAAAAACUCGACAAAACUGAUGAAACUAGUGAAACUGAUAAGUUUAGUGUAAAUUAUAAAAUCAGAGAAACUAAUAAAACCAGAACUAGUGAAAUUGAUAAAACCAGUGAAAUGAAAGAGAACACUGAUCGUCACGUAACAAGUCCUUCAGUACAGCAGAACGGAAAUGAUGCAGUCUACUCUACUCUCAGAAAAAUGAGACAAACGACUAUAACUCAGUUCCUUUCAGGGUACACUAAAAUAGGACAAGACGCUUCUCCAAAAAAUGUUGACAUUCCAGAAGAAACUCCGAAAAAAGCGAUACCUAGACAAAAUGGGACACUAACAGAGAAAAUUGAUCAUCGUGUCGAAACUCCGAAAAGAGUCGUACCUAGUCAAACAAAAACGAUAUUGGAGGCAUCUGAAUUUCAAGGGAAAGGCCGAAGGAAAAUUGUAACUAGACGAAGUGGAGCGACAACAGAGAAAGUUGAUCUACAUCUAAAAACUCAGGAGAAAAUAACUAGACAAAGCAGAACAGUAGUAAGAUCACUUAUUAAUUCGACUAAUAAGAAAACGUCGAUCACCAAUGGAAGUUGUACACCAGAUGGCAACACUGCAGAGGAAAACACACCAUUUGACAAAAGACACACAGAUUCCAACAUGAGGAAGUUGAAUAAAAACAUAAAAGCUACAAUAGAGACUGAACCUAACCAUUUGACGUUACAAAAUUACAACAUCCGACGCAUGACAAGAAGUAGUCUUGAGCGAUCGACAAAUGACUUAAAUACAACUCCUGUGAUAAAAUCUCCUAAGAGAAUUAGAUUUAGAAAGCGAGUCGCUAGCACGCCUAAAGAAAAACUUAAGCAUCAGUCGACGGAGGAGAAACUGAGGGCAAAAUUCAAAUGCAAAGACUGCAAACUUAAUUUAAUUAGAUGCGACAUGUUCGUUAAAACAGAAACUGUUGACAUCACUCAGUUCUCGGUGGAAGAAGACGGAGAUAUUGAAGAAAUGUGGCGAGAGAAGACGAAUUUAAAGAGUGUAAAUGUUUCAUUGAACGUGAGCGAACUUAAAAAGGUAGAAGUUAAAAAAUCGUUGCAGAAUUCAGAGGUGCCCAAUGUACUUCGGGACAACACAAAAGCCAAUUCGCGUAUGUUGUUCCGGUGUAAAGUUUGCAAAAAAUGCUUCUCUGUAAAGAAAAAUUUGCGCAAACAUCUCAAGCUGCGCCACGAGUUCUUUAAAUCAAGCAUAUGCGAUUCUAAGUACAAAACUAAGGUUGAAUUGCAGAGACACUAUAUGAACAAACACAGCGGUUUCAAGCGCAUGCAGUGUUGCGUGUGCUUUAAGAAGUUCUCAUCACUAGCGAUGUUGAAGCAGCACUUCAUACUACACUGCACCCGAGUACUGCUACCUAAACGCAAGAAACGUAUUAACGAAGCAGUCAAGUGUAGGAUGCCGAAUAAGAAGAACUCGUGCAAGGCUUGUGGCAAGCGAUUUUGGUUGGAGACCUGUUUGAAGGAACACCAAAAACUGUGUACUAAAAUGAGGGCCAGAGAGAAGCAGUCGCAAAAUGUGUCUAAUGCCGUGAAAACAUUAUCAACGAAACGAACGUUGGAUAACGCGAACAUUAACCUGGACGCGCCACAACCUAACUUGCGCUCGACCAACGAUCAUUCUUAUAGAGCGGAAUCACCGUCAAUGGAACAAUCAGAAAAGGCGUUGAGGAGUGUCACUUAUGCGAAUGGAUACCACAUAGACAAAUCUUGUACGAACAAGGUCAAAUACUCCUGCACCAUUUGCAAGAAGCGCUUCCAUAUGUUUGAAAAGUUAAGUAUGCACGUACAGACCUACUCCAAAGCCGCCUCGUUUGUUUGCAGUACCUGCAACACCGCGUUCAGCUCUGCGGCAAUACUGAGCCACCAUUUUAGAUUCACCCACAUGGUCGACACUGCUCGAAACUACAAGUAUUACUGUACGAUCUGCGCUCAGGGUUUUGUGAAAAAGUCUAGUGUUGAGAUUCACACGGCACACUUUCAUGUUGGUGAGACAUCCUUCAUACCCAAGCCAUGGUUAAGGUUCAACGAAGACUGGGAGGUGACCAAAGUAUGCAGGGUGUGCAAUUUGGUGUUCGAGUCCAACGAGGAAUUCAUCCAACAUAAUAUGUUUUACUAUAAGGGUCAAUUGUUCACCUGCAUGUUCUGUGAUAAGGCUUUAUACGGAUUGUUCACGCUACAUAACCACAUUCAGUUUGUACAUAAUGGGGGAAGCAUUAGGAAACAGUACAUAUACGCAUGCAACAUAUGUAAUGAGGCUUUCACUCUGGAGUCACAUCACCAUGCGCAUAAAUUCCAUGUGCAUUUGGAGUUGAAAAUUGGGAUUCCGCAGCACCUGCAAGAUCAUACCUACGUUAGAAUGUUUGCGACUGCAGAAUCGCUAGAUGAACUGAUUCCGAAAUACAACUGCGACAUUUGCUAUAUGAGUUUUAUAACUGAAAAAGACAUGCGCCAGCACAAGAUAGAGUACAUUAAUGACGGCUAUUACCUUUGUUCCUUCUGUGUCAGAAAAUGUCUGACACAUGCUGCCCUCAGUAAGCACGAGAGCUCGUCCCAUACUUGCUCCAAUUUCACCGAUUGUUACAAGUGCUCCUACUGCGAGGAAGUGUUGCCCACGAGGACAGAAAUGAAGUCUCACGAAGUACAUUUUCAUCCGGAGACCAGCGCUCCUCAACAUGACAGCAGCAAUCAAACAAUCGCUAAUCAAACUACUGAAGCUUCUGGAGACGUUACAGACGCUUUUUCCUGUACUAUUUGUGACACGAAGUUUGAAAGCUGGGAAAAAUUGAAUUACCAUUCUGUGGAAUACUCGAACCAAGGCUCGUACAAGUGCCUAGUAUGCAACCGUCGUUUUCCAGAGCUACAUCGCCUACAGGUCCACAAGUUAAGACACGCGAAUUUGAACUUCAUUCUGUCUAAAUAUCAUUGUCCCGUAUGUAACGAAGGAUUCACAAUUCUAAUGCACGUCCGAAUGCAUUUGAUGCACUUCCACCCCAACGCAGCGAUCAAGACACUGACAGCCACUGAUCAAAACUCACAAUUGCUCGAUCAGAUAGCUGUUAAGUUCAAGUCAUUGUUAAAUAGUAAACCGAAAGAGAAGACAAUGUGUCCUAAGUGUUUGGGGACUUUUGAUUCUGCAAGGGCUCUAAACAAUCACAAAGCUCGUUUCACGAAUGAAGGGUCUUACGUUUGCAAGGAGUGCGGUAGAAAAUUCCAGUUUGCGCAACUCCUAAAGGAACAUUCAAAGAAACAUGCUGCUGACAAUGAUCGUCUGAAGUACUUGUGUCCUUUGUGUGAUGAUAAAUUCGGCAAUUCGGUGGCCAGAUAUCAGCAUGUCAUUCAUCUUCAUUGGAACGAUAUGUGGAAGAGCAGGAUCCAUCAUCUCACGAUGAUUCAUAAUGAUUCUGAAGCUACCAUUGAGCUAUUACAUAAUGCGGAACGUGAAGUCUCAUCGUUCCCAGUAUAUAAUCCAGCAGACCAGUCGAUUUCCUCUGCGAAUAGCGAACUUGUUGAUGCAAUCAGUUUUAUGAAUGAAUGUAGUGGCAGUCAAGAAUCCUCAGCAACAAUUACUCGGCUGGCAGAUAUGAAUAUAAUUUCAACUCAGGAGGAGAAAAAUGAGGAUGAUCAGAAGGUCACGAUAACCGUCUCUAACCCGCUUCGGCCUUCGUCAGAGUACAUUAACCAACUGAUCAUUGGCAUCGUCUUCAGUAAGAAAGACAAUCUGAAGACGCAUCUGAACGAAUCGCGUAUGUGCAACGAGGAAGCAGCUGCCCAACCCUCGAAGGAAGGCACCGAUGUGGUGGAAGUUGUUUAGCAAAACGAAGGCGAAUACUGCUAAACAGAUCAGGGAAUAGGACGAUCCUGAACUACCUAUCGCUAGCUAUGAUGUAACAGUAUUAAUGCCUAUGCCAAUCUGGCAAGUGUUGGUAGCAAGCUGAGGAUCAAAGAUUCUGCCCAGAUGAUCUAGAUCUGCUUGUCGUAAAGCUGUUGUUUCUUUCUUUCUUUUGAAAAAUAUAUACAUAUAUAUUUUUAUA